AUGAAGGUCCUAUUUAUAAUCCUCCUCAUCUUUGGCCUUGUCAGUGCCUGGAGUGCCGACGACUAUGAGAUUUUCAAGCUCAAUGACAAAGUCCGACAAGUAUUGGGCUCGGAUGUUACUUUUUAUAACUGGCUCAACUUGCCAAAUGGACCAAAGUCAACAGCAUUGGAAAUCAAAAAGUCAUAUAGGAAAUUAUCAAAAACACUCCACCCGGACAAAUUGUCGUUCAAUUCCAAUGCUGCAAGGAAGAAGGCGGAAGAGAAAUACGCCAUGCUAUCUUCCGUCAACAACAUCUUAAGAGACAUUUCGAGGAAAGAGAGGUACGAUUACUUUUUGGAUAAAGGUUUCCCGACAUGGAAGGGGACGGGGUAUCUCUACUCCAAGUUUCGCCCAGGUUUACUUUUGACAGUGCUUGUGGUUUACAUCCUUGUUAGCAUUUUACACUAUUUUGCUUUGAAAAUUAACAGAAGACAAUCUUUCAAGAGGAUUGCUGAUUACAAAAAUCAAAUCAAAAGUCAGGCCUGGGGAGGCUCGAUAGUACCACCUUCAGACGGCUCCGAUAGGAAGUUAUUCAAUGAGGUAAACAAUACCUCUUUUGUGGUCAAAGGUUCAGGAGAUGUCUAUGUUGAAAAUGACGAUGGACUUCAUCUAAUUGAUGAGUAUGACAUUAAUGUGAAUCCCACCUUUAAAGACACGUUAAUUUUCAAAAUACCCGCUGGGUUGUAUAAUUUGACGUUGGGAAAGGUUCUAACUCCUGUUGAUACAGCUGUCACUUACAAGAAGCCACAUUCAAAGCCACAAGAGGAAGACCAGGAGGUCGAACAAGUGAAAAAGAAGAAAUCUAAAGGUAAAAAGAUGGAAUUACCAAAUGGAAAGGUAGUAUAUAGUAGAAAGAAAUAG